CAAGUUCCAAAAGACUGUUAGGUCUACUCGAACGAUAGUUCUGAUGAGUUAACAUCUAGAUGUCAAGAAUUUUAUUUUAACCUAUAAAUUAAUUGUUUUAUAAAGUUUUCAAAUUUUAAAACAAGGAAAUGGCUUAUGAUCUGAAAUCUGAAAGUGAAGUGAAGGACUAUAUUAAAAAUUUGGGAAUUGAAUACAGGUUUGGCUGCUACAGCGAAAAGAACCCCGAAGUUUGUCACCUGCUGGCUGACUUUCUGGACGCAAUUAAAAAAGACUUCGAAAAGGCAGCCAAAGUGUAUAAAACCAACUGCGAUGAGUAUAAGUUUGGAAAAAGUUGCCUAAAAUACGGAGCCUACUGUAUAACGGGAAAAGGGGUGAAGAAAACCGACUACCCAGCAGCGUACAGUUAUUUUGAGAAAGGGUGCAACUUGGACGAACCCUACGCCUGCUUUAAUCAAGGCAUACUAUUGGUUACGAAAAAUGAGUCCUUUGGACUCAAUCAAGACAUCAAAAAAGGAGUAGGUUUGCUGGAGAAGGCCUGCAAUUUCAAAAAUGGAAUGGCGUGCUAUUACUUGUCGGGUUUGUACAUAGCGGGGGCAAAAAAUGGGAAUAAAAUCGGAGAAAAAGACGCGAAAUCUGAAUAUGAUGUACCUAAAAACAUGGAGAAAGCCUUCAAGUUUGCUCUUGAGGGUUGCAACUUGGGAAACAUGUAUAGUUGUGCAAACUUAAGUCAGAUGUACGCCAAAGGGGAUGGGGUGGCUAAAAAUGAGGAACUAGCGAAGAAGUACAAGGCGAUGGCUCUGGACAUGCAACAUGAAGUUACAAAACACUCAGAAACAUUAAAGUUUGGAAUUGGAAUAGACUCGUAACAGUAGCACAGUGGAAAGAAUAAAUUUCAACGAUUAUUGACUAGUUUUUCCGUGCAUGCAAGAUGAAUGUAUAUAAGUUUGUUGUGACUAUUUAUUGUUAUUACAGUUGUUUUAGUAA